AUGUUCCACGAACCUGUUCUUUUAUUGCAGAUUUCCAAGGAUGUUGUUUCAGGGGAGGGGUUGUCUCAGAGCAGCAGCUUGUAUCCCCAAGUUGCAGUCGGUAUGUGGAGAUCCGCCUUAGCUGUGGAGGAUGCAUCAGCGCCCUUAUUGUCGAGUAUAGUUUGGCGAUGCUUGAUAUGCCCCCUCGAAGAAUUUUUGCCAAGUGGGAGAUGCCGUUCGUUAUGCCCGAUGGAGUCGCAUCGGCACGAUCUUCGUACCAACUCAUCUGAUGCAUGUCGGCCAGACGGCCCCCUGAUAUUGCUAGGUAACAGUGGCUUGAAGCCGAGGAGUCGGUCCAACGGCUCAUCUGAUGCCCGCAUGAGAUCAUUCACAACAAGGCAGCGAUGCGCCACAUCUGGAUCUUGUGACGUUGUAAAAAGCAAAAAAGGACAUCAACGCCCAGGAAAGAAAAAGGGAGAACCCGAGAACGAGAGCGAAGAUGCCCCCUCGACAAACGUAGAGAUCCAGCACGUCUGA